AUGGAUCUAGCUAAUUUAAUUUCAUCGAACAAACAGAGGACAAAUGAAUUAUAUGGUGCAACUAGAUUUGUUCUACCAAAAUCUUCCUUAAUGGAAGCAAUGUAUUCAGAUUUAUCUUUCGAAACUCAAACUACAACGAAUAAAUUCCUUCCAAAGUCACAAAAAGAAAUAAACAUCGAGAAGAUAGCUCCAGCGCCUGUUAUUGAUGAAAGACCUGAUAGAGCUCGCCAAAAUUUAGUCGAAGAUGGAAUUGCUGCCAAACCUCAUCGUAAUUGGUACAACUAUUGUGUAUUGACAGGACAUGCAGCAUGGGUCAAAGCAAUUUCAGUUGAUCAAUCCAAUGAAUUUUUCGUAACUGGUUCUACAGACAGAAUGAUUAAGUUUUGGCGCCUUGCUGAACGCGAAUUAACUAACACUCUAACAGGCCAUACAGGUGCUGUUCUUGAUUUAUGUUUAUCUAAACAAGGAUUUCCAUAUCUUUAUUCUGUUGGAGACGCCAAAGAAGUUUACAAUUGGGACCUCAAUAUGAAUUCAAUUAUACGAAGAUUCUUCGGCCAUGGUAGUGGCGUUUACUGCGUUGAUGAACAUCCGAGUCUUCCAAUUAUUGCAACAGGAUCACGCGAUUCAACGGUCAGAGUAUGGGAUUUACGAACUCAGAGUUCAGUUUUUACUCUCGAAGGUCAUGAAAGAACCGUUUUUGACGUAAUGUUUUUACAAGAUGAAAGUCAUUUAGUUACAGCAUCAGCGGAUAGCAGAAUAAGAAUCUGGGACCUGAAAACAGGUAAAAUGAGUGCAGUUCUCACUAACCACAAGAAGACAAUUCGAAAAUUAUCUGCUCAUCCAAGAUUAUUCUCUUUCGUCAGCGCUUCUGCUGAUGCAAUCUUCCAAUGGAACGGACAAGAUGCUAAACUAUACAGAGAGUUCAAAUCCCACGAAGCCGUCAUAACAGGACUCGCAAUAAAUGAAGAUGGAGUUAUGGUAACAAGUGGCGACGAUGGCUCAUUGAAAUUCUGGGAUUUCGACAGCGGAACAUGCUUCCAGGAAACAUCAACUGUCGUACAACCUGGAAGUCUCGCUGCAGAAAAGGGAAUUUUGGAUAUUUCGUUUGAUAAAACAGGAACAAGAUUGAUUACUUGUGAAAUGGACAAAACUGUUAAACUAUGGAGAGAAGUUGACGAAAAUGGAAAGCCAUAUUGA